AUGUGCGACCAUGUGGGUCGCACAUGGUCGCACAAGGUCUUUUAGUUAAAUUUUUGGUCGCAUAAAGUCACUUAGUUAAUAAAUUUGGGUUGUUUAGUUAAAUUUGUAAUUCAUGUUAUAGUUUUUAUAUUUAUAUUCUUAUUAUUUAUAUAUUUUUAUUCAUUUGGCAAAUUAUUAUUGUAGAUGCCCAGAACUGUAUUAACGACAGAGCUUCCUUGUAUACCCCAUGUCAUUACUACUAAUACAGUUGCAAAAUCUAAAGUUACCAUCAGAUCUCCGCUGAGUGUAAUAGACCAAAUAAAAGAUUGGCUUUCAAAUUCUGACAAGGUCGUUUUUAAACAUUACACCCAGUUGGGUCGUUUGUUGGACCUCGACACUCGAGGCUCUUUCCCUGGCACCUUAACAAACCAGAUAGUUUUGAGGAUGGUAGAUUGCCAAAAGAGGCAUGAGUUAUGGUUUUUGAUUAAUGGCAAACCUAUGAGGUUUUCUCUCCAAGAGUUUGCAAUAGUAUCUGGAUUGUACACUAGUGGCGGACCAACACCUGAAGAAAUGAAUGUUGUUUCUUCUGAGAACAAUUUAAAGAAAAAGUACUUCAAUGACAAGAUGUCUAUUAAAAUAGAGGACAUAGCUAAUGCUCUAGAUAGCAUAUCGAAAGAAUGUAGGACUAAGGACAGAGUGAAGUUGUGCUUUAUCUAUUUGCUCAGCGCAUUUCUAAUAAUGCCAAGUCCUGGUUCGAUAGUAGAUCUUAAAUGGCUACAGAUAGUGGACAGGCUAGAUAUAUUUGACAAAUAUUGUUGGGGGAAGCUGGCAUAUGAGAAACUAAUAGAGCAAAUCACGAAAAAAGAUAUGAAGAAUAAUCCCACUGAGAAGGAGAUUAAGUGGAAUUUCUUUAGUUGUCCUUGGAUAUUUCUGAUAUGGAUUUGUGAAGCAAUGCCAAAGUUGGGCGACAUGGUAGGACAAAGAAUCCCAGGAAACCAUAUUCCUCGAUGGCUUGGUUGGAAAAUAAAUGAUAAGCAUAAACUCACAGUUACAAGAAUAUCAGAAGUAAUAGAAAAUGAUGUUGAGUUUUUUGUGCGACCUACAUUAGCUCCAACUUUAAAGGAGAAGGCAGAACUUUUUUAUGAAAGGCUUGGUUGCUACGAGGACAAUGAAGAUGACGUAAUUGAUCAGAUUUCUUCAUUUUUAGUGGGUGAUGUCAUUCUACGUGAUCCACAGUGUUCUGCGCCACAUGUGGAGCCUCCAUCUUCGGGUUUGGAGCCUCCAUCUUCGAAUAUGGAGCCUCCAUCUUCGGGUGUGGAGCCUCCAUCUUCGAAUAUGGAGCCUUCCCAAAUCAGUCCAAUUCGUCAAAUAUCAUACUUGCAUCCAUCUUCACAGCCUCCCUCUUCUUAUGAUGCUCGUAGUGAGUUAUUGGACUCAGUGAAGCGUUUGAUAGCCGACCAAGAAAAGUUGCACAAUGCAUGAUAUGAGGAGAUUGAACGUGUAAAUAAAGAAAGGCACGGCGCAAUAAUGACAACCAUCGCCGACCAUGCUUACUUGAAUAGAGUGAGGCAUGAGACACUAUUAGAAAGAUUUGAUAUUUUGAUUGACAUCUUUCGACCUAUAGCUGCACAACUUUCUGGAGCUGGAGGAGAAAAGACUACAAAAGAUAACCAACAAGUAAAUUUUAUUUGCAAUAACUUUAAUAUAGCUAUUUUUAUUGUCAUCUAUAUUUU